CUCUUCCUUGAAGUAAGAAAUGAUCAUAUAUAUAUAAAAAAGCACAGGAAGUGUCUGGUUUCGAACGCCGUGGCAGCAUGGGGUCCGGUGCAAUGUCCCUCUCCAUCUUUCUGAUGCUGUUAUCCAGCCCCCCUGGACUCGCUCAAGACGUACUUGAAGCUGUGGUGACUGUAGCUUCACGGAGUGUAUCGACCGGAGAGACAGUCGCUCUGAAGUGUGUGAUACAGUCUAAUCACAGCAACUGGAGAUACGAGUGGUACAAAGAAAGCAACAGCGCGAGGUUACAGACGUCGGAUCGUUACGCUGUAAACGGAGACACUCUCACGAUCGCAGGAGUGAAGGAAUCCGAUCAGGAUCAGUACUGGUGUAGAGGACGGAGUGAUGAAGAACCGAAUUCAAAGUCGAGCUCUUUUGUUUAUCUCAGUUUGCAGGAUUUACCCAGAUCUUCACUGACUGUGAUACCAACAAGGCUCGUGUACACUGGAGAGACGGUCACUAUGAAGUGCAAGAUCGAGUCUCACAGUGACUGGAGAUAUGAGUGGUAUAAAAACAGCAUACACAAACCAGUGUUACGGCCGUCUGAGCGUUACGCUGUGAACACAGACACUCUCACUAUCAGAGAAGUAAAGGCAUCUGAUAAGGAUUAUUACUGGUGUAGAGGACGGAGAGAUGAAAAACCACAAUCGUCACAAGCAAACUUUGCUUAUCUCUAUGUGUAUGAUUCACCCAGAUCUUCACUGACUGUGACUCCAGACAGAACUGUAUUCACUGGAGAGAGAGUCACUCUGAAGUGUGAGAUUGAGUCUUACAGAGACUGGACACGGAGAAAUUAUCUGACAUAUGUCAGUACAAAUGACUGGACAUACUACCAGACACCUGACUGGAGAUAUGAGUGGUAUAAAGACAGAGUUAUGUUACGGCCGUCCGAGCGUUACGCUGUGAACACAGACACUCUCACUAUCAGAGGAGUAACAGCAUCUGAUCAGGAUUAUUACUGGUGUAGAGGACGGAGAGAUGAAAGACCACAAUCGUCACAAUUAAGCUCUGAUGUUUAUCUCUCUGUGACAGUUACCUACACCUAUACAGAGAGAGCCAAACCGGUUUUGAAGGUGACUCCGGAUCAGAGUGUGUUCAGAGGAGAGAGAGUCACUCUCAGAUGUGACAUACAGACAGAAAACAUUCAGUGGACAUACAGCUGGUUUAAAGAUGAAUACACUUUCUAUCGAACAUCAACAGCAGCAGCAGAGAUCAGUUUCAGAGCUGAUUAUGUGUCUGUCAGUGAAUACAGAUGUAGAGGAAAGAGAUCAGACUCACAGAGAUCAUCAGACUUCAGUGAUGCUGUGAAACUGACUGUAUCAGAUCUGAAGCCAAAGCCUGAACUCACAUCAGAUCCUGAAGGAGCUGCACUGACAGGAAACACAGUGACUUUGACCUGUCUCGUGAAUCUGGGCACUGGAUGGGACUUUUACUGGAACAAACACACACUGACCUCUGAGACAAAGACAGAAACAAACUCCUCCAGAGUGAAGAUUGAUUCAGUGUCUGAUGGAGGACAGUACCGGUGUAGAGCUGGAAGAGGAACACCAGUCUACUACACACAAUACAGUGAUGCACUGUGGGUAAAUGUUACAGGUCAUCUUCUCAACAUCAAUGUACAACAUGAUGCGUCACGUUCAGAUCAGAUUUCGGUCUUCAAAAUCCUCAGUUUUCUUCUGGCAGCUUGUCCGUAUCUGCUGUCGACGGUCGUGCUGCUCUUCAAAUACUACAGAGAGAGAGUUUCAUCUGCUGAAGACCAAAGCCAGUAUGCAGUGACAGAAGAAACUUCAACCUAAUAACAGUUUUAGUGUCAACAUUGAUUACUCCUUUUGUGAAAAAACAAUAAAAAUAAGAAAUGUCAUGUCAGUGUUUCUAAAUGGGCUAUUGAAAAGCAAGGCAAUUAAAUAUGAGAGAUCUCUUGUCUGCUUGUGAUAAGUCAAUAAACUUUCAAAAAUGUGAA